UGAACACGACAAAAGAUAUUCAUCAAACUUAUAAAAAUUCGAUAUGAGAAAAACUCGUCACGAAGUGGUUGUACUACACAUGAUAGAAGAUGAUAGUUUUUACUUUUGUUUUUGUACACUCAAGGAUGUAAAUAAUGAAUUAUUAUGACAAUAAAAAGGAAAUCACCUUUAAAACAUACUUUAUCUAUAAAUUAUAUUUGGUACAUGUAACUGUCUCUUUUCACGUAAGAAUGAUAACAUUAAAAUAUGUCAAGCAUUUAGUACGUUUAACUUGAGGGACAGGAUGUAAUGUGUUAUAUAUAGACGAAUAAGUGAUAUUUAGCAUUUAGAAUUUUAUAUAUUCGUGGUGGUAAAGAAAACCAAAGACAAAGUUCUUAAAAUGGACAUUAAAAUUGAAGAACAUGAGGAUUUUUCUGUUGAAAACGACAAUCAAAACGGCACAUCUAAUUCAAGAGACAGUGAAACAAUUAACUGUAUGCAAGAUCAAGAUCAAGACGAGGAGCAUGCGUCGAGUUUGAAGAACAGAACAACUGAAAGUCCAUUAGAGGAAUGUACUGCAGAAAUUGCAGAUUCUGGAGUAGAACAAACAGAAGUAAAUGCAGUUCAGUGGUUGCAUGGAAACAUAGAAACACGGUACAUCGAAAAUCAUGGAUUUCAACACAUAUUUAUGUUUGACUCGACAGCGACUCCAACACUGCAAAUAAGUAAUGGGGAUCAACUUCUUGCUAUAAACGAUGAAGAUGGUACAAUACUGCAUAAUAAGGAUGUCGUGGAAUUCCUAGAAAAAAUACUUGUAAAAAAGAAAACAACAAUGACUUACUGGAGACCCUCUACAAACUCCGUCACAGUUGUAAAGUUUUGCUUAUAUUGUUCUGGAGGAAUAAUUCGUGCACGUUUCAUUGAUGCUUCUACAAAUCCAGUGACACCAGAUUGGACCAAGAAUCAGUUUCGCGUUGUUGUUUUCAAUAAACAAUUGACAAAUUUGUUUAUGCAACACUUGGAAAUUCAGAGAAAUCGUAUUGUUUUUAAGGAAUUAUCGUCGCCUGAACCAUGGAAAAAACCAUGCGAUUUUGCUGAAUGUCGUUUUCUGGAAGAAAGAAGAAUUGAAAGUAAAGGAAGCAUUGCUUUUUACAUAAGGCGCUAUUCGACAAUAUUUAAAAACAAAGAAAAGAAAUAUCUUCACGUACCAGAUGAUGGCACCCUUGAACUUGUUGAUGAGAUUAGCAAAUCAUCAGAAUUUGAACUGAUUCCAGCUUUGUUAUAUGCAUUUCUUGUUAUGCAAGAGAGGCCUACAAAUCGAUGUAUGAAACUGGAAGGAGAUGAGGGUACAUUUGUGGGUGUUAACGUCAAACCUAUUCGCAAUAUUGGGGAUGAAUUUAGAUUUCAAUUAUCUAGAUGUAGAAAACUAUGUAAUUCGAAACUUUCGACUACAAAUUGUAUGAUUAUCUGACUUUGCUUUAAAAAUUCG